UCCGACCACGGCGCCAUGCGCCGCCCCACCGCGCGCCACGGCGCCGCCGAGCUCUGCCUCCGCGAGGUCGGCGACCUCCUCCCCCGCCGCUUCGCCCGCCGCGCCGCCGCCGCCGAGGAUCUCGUAAUGCGCCUCCAGAUCCACAGGAAGCUCGACAGGCACACGGGGUGCGUGAACACGGUGGGCUUCAACGCAGACGGCGACACCCUCAUAUCGGGCUCCGACGAUCAGAAGGUGAUGCUGUGGGACUGGGACACCGGUGCAGUCAAAAUGCAGUUCCAUUCAGGCCAUGGUGAUAACGUGUUCCAAGCGCGGUUCAUGCCUUACACGGACGAUCGCACCAUCGUCACUUGUGCUGCUGAUGGCCAGGUGAGAGUUGCAAAGGUCCAGGAUGAUGGGGAUGCACUUACUACAUUGCUUGCUGAACAUGAUGGCAGGGCUCACAAGUUGGCUAUAGAGCCCGGAAGCCCUUAUAUUUUCUAUAGUUGUGGUGAAGAUGGCCUUGUUCAACAUUUCGAUUUGAGGACAAACACAGCAACAGAAUUGUUUGUUUGCAGAAACUCUUUGACUAAAUCAGGAUACUCCUCUCAUGUCCACCUUAAUGCAAUCACAAUUGAUCCAAGGAACCCAAAUCUUCUUGCGGUUGGAGGAAGCAAUCCGUUUGCCCGUGUCUACGACAUCCGUAAAUGCAAGUGGGAUGCGUCAUCUGAUUUCGCUCAACCAUCUGACUGUUACUGUCCACCACAUCUCAUUGGCGAUAGGGGCGUUGGAAUAACAGGAUUAGCAUUCUCUCACCAGAGUGAGUUGCUCGUAUCUUACAAUAACGAGAAUAUUUACCUCUUCCCUAAAAAUGGAGGGCUGGGACCCGACCCAAAGCUGUCUGCCAAGGUUGAAGGCAGUAAAGGGUCCAAAUCAACAAUGUUUGCAUCUGGGGAAGUUGUUUCUCAUCCUGUACCUCAGAGAUAUGUUGGGCACCGCAAUUGUGAGACUGUGAAGGGUGUGACUUUUAUUGGGCCAAAUCAUGAAUAUGUUGCCAGUGGGUCAGAUUGUGGUCGGUUAUUUAUUUGGAGGAAGAGAGACGGGAAAUUUUUACGAGCAAUGGAGGGUGAUGAAUGCAUUGUCAAUUGUAUUGAGCCCCAUCCUCACACUAUGACGAUUGCAAGCAGUGGAAUUGAUAAUGAUGUGAAGUUAUGGACUCCCUCUGCCAUUGAGCAAGCACGAGUGUUAAAGGUUGAGGAGUUGAAGCCCCGAAAGAGAAAAGCAAAGCUCUGGCACUUUGCCUUACCGGAGGAAUUGGUCAUGCAUGUGCUAGCACGACGUAGGCAACCAGCAGCUGGAGAAGAUUCAUCGGAGGAUCUUGAGGACAGCACAGAAUUGCUUAGUCUUGUACUGCAAGCUGCAGACAGGGAUAACUCGUCUGAUGACAGUGAUGAGGAUGAAGAAAUCUCUGAUGGCUCCGGAUCUAGAGCCAAAUGAUCUGCUGUCCUCUGGGAAUAUUGCAAAAUUGUACAUAUACAAUAAUAAUAAUUUUAGCCUGUUAAAUGGGUGAUAAUAGUAUAAGUGUGCCUAUGUACCUUGCGACUCUCUUCUGUGUUAUAUAUAUGUGUUCUUAAAGGAUAUUUUGUUGAGAA